AUGUGCCAAUCUACGAUCAUUGAGAAACGAAGCAACAGCCAUUCGGGAGGACACUUGAAGACUCUAGAAAAGGCUCUUAUGGAUGACAGCGGUGAUGAAUCGAGGGUAGCAUCACCGCAUGAAUUCCAAAAGGUAUACGACUCUUACAGAUCAGUUAUAGCAUCGGUUCCCGAAACUGGUAAGGCGUUACAUGAUCCUUACAAACAGCAAAAGAUAGAAGAAAAGAGCACAACCAAAGAAAGUGAAGCGAAAAUAGACAAAGCAAAAUCCAAUAAACCUAGGAAAUCAAGUGAAGAAGUACGUCAACGUAAAAUGAUGACAAGUAGAAAGUGGAGAGAAACGAAUCGAGAAAAGAAGAAUGAAGCAAGAAGAGCAACAUACGCAAAAGCUGUAAUCGAAGCAGGAGGAAGAUACGUAUCACGCGAAGAAAGAACACGAAUGGCCAUAACUAAACCUCGUACUCGUAAAUACGCAAAAGGUUAUUACGGAGUAGAAAACAGACAUAAACGUAGGGUGGACAAAUCGAUAUCAAAGAAAGGGAUGACGAAAGAAGAAGCAAUAGAAGAAGCAAAUCAACAUUUUCAAAAAUUGAACCAGCAGUGGCGAAGAAAAUUAUAA